UAGUUCUCGUCUGUAGAAGUGACGAAAGAAACAGACAGAAUACAUGGAAGGUGAUGUGAUUCAUCUGUGCCAUCAGCUGGAAGGUUUCCAAAGCAAACCAUUACAAGAAACAGGGGAGGCUGUGUCGUGUAUUUGAUUUUGAGUUCCAUAAUACAAUGAACGACGACAGAGAUCGCGAAGAUGACCCGCUGUUAGAUAUGUUCAUUACCAAUUGGGAGGAGCAGUGUAUACAACAUGUUGAAAGUGAACCCGACUACGAAGGACAGCUUCAGAGGGAGAGGGAACAAACUCACCAGAAACUGUGGGUGACUUUUCAAAACAGCGCAACUGCAAUAGCGCAACUUUAUAGAGAACGUCAGCAAGGCCUUUCGUUAUGGAUACCUUUCCAAACCGCCGCUGGUACGGUGACAAAUUUGUACAAAGAUUCAACGGAAGGAAUAAGGCGGACUAGUGAACUUGGAAUUCAGUGCGGUUAUCAGAGACGAAACAAGGAAUUGUUGAGCUGGGUUCGGAAAAUGAGACACAAAAUCAGACGGGAGGAUCUACUUUCUUAUCUGGCUGGAAAGCCAACUCCACCUCGACCGCAUCAUAGGUCUUCCCCACGUCCCAGAACUCUGAUCGAGCGGCAUGGUUCUCCAGCUGGUUUCCAGAUGGAUGCACAACACCACGAAUUCCAUAUCAGCAGCAAUCAUUGUAACAGUGUCUAUUCUGAUGACAAUAUGCGUACAUUUAGGGAAGCAAUAACUUUCGCUAAUCCAGCAACUGCAGCGUCACGCCGGCAGCGUUCAUCAGAUCUUGGUUCAUUUAUAACAAAUGAAUUUGCCCGUCACAAGCGACCGGCUCCGUCAAGUUCUCCUUUGUCUGAUAUAAGUAUGGACUCGCCAACACACAAGCGAUCAAGACUAACAUAGUUACUUGAAUUAGUAUUUGUAUCAGAUAUUCUCCAAAAACACCAAUUUCUUGAACACUUCAGAAGAAUAAAGAAGUGUGCACGUAUGCCUUUGCAGCGUCAAAGCUGCUUUAUACAAAACUUAAGAUUUUGAUUAUAGUAAGAAAUUUUUUAAGCAGGAGUGCUUUACUACUAUAAAAGUGCAGCCAAUAUGUUUGUGAUGUUAAGUUUGUGAAGCUUUAGUCAUCUAGUGCCAGAAUUUUGUAAUAUGUCAUCACCUUCAAAAGGUUGAUUUUUAUUUCCGUUUUACUUAUGUGGUGUGUACAGUAUUCUCAGGUUGAAAUUUACUCAUAAAUUAUUCUCAACAUUCUUUUGUUUCUGUGAUUCACAACUGUAAGUUCAUUCAGGGGAUCUUUCUUUGUCCAGAAAGAAAUUUUUCAAUGGCUGGUUUCAGGUAGCUUGUGAAAAAUUUCCAGGUGACGUUUUGGGAGUUGAGAAUAUAAGACUUGAACUUUAGGGGGACUGUUAUUAAUUUAUAGAAGACAUUUUGUUACACUGAAGUGAUUCAUUGUUGAACUGUGAUUAUAUUAAUUUAAAAGCAGUGUACUCAGGUCUUUGGAAAAGUCAAUAAUUGGAGUAUCUUCCAUCAUAAUGAAAAUACGAAUUGUUGUGAAGAUUUAAACAUUUGUGGUAGAGAUAAAUUAUUUAUUUUUCUGCUACGGAAACCAGUUGUGUAAAUCAUAUUUAUAAUCUGUUUUCUGUAUUACUAUUAUUCUUUGCCAAAAAAGCUGAAUUCACACAUUUAAUAAAAACAAAUUGUCUUUAAAAUCCCCAUUGGUGCAGAACUCCUUCCUCUUUGCUGAAGUCUUGAAAAGUAUUUUAUCUUAUGUAUGAUUAGAGCUGUGUUAUGAGAAGCACAUCUGAGAUCAUUAAUUGGAAGCAUCUUGAUGUGUAAAAGCAUAAAUUGUAAUUAUUGUGCUAUCAGUAUGUUACAUAUGGUAUUCAUUUACUGUGUUUAGUAAAGACAAGGUUCUAAAGCUGCUAUGCUCCAUGCCAUGCCCGUGAUAAAUCUUGCUAUUAUAGCAUUAAAUGCCAAAAUAUUUGGAUUGUGCCUCUAUUCAGGGAAGAAUAAAAGUUGCCUUACAAGCAAGUCUGUCUAUGAUUGUAAAGAAGAAUACCAUACAUGACGACGAUGACAAUGAUUAUUGUUACAUAUAGUAAUUUAUUUGAUUGAUACGAGAAUUUUGUGUGCUCUUAGUGAAAUGACUGUGCCAUCUAUGAGUUUCCACAAUUAUGAAAGAGAUACUCAUCAAUGGUACUAUAUGUGAACUUCUGGAAGUAUGUUGUCAUGGGAAACUGACACAGAUGUAGUCAUAUAUUAAGUGCCUGGAUGUCAGUAUUUUCAGUCUUGCCACAGUCAUAGAAAGUGUGUGUGUGUGUGUGUGUGUGUGUGUGUGUGUGUGUG